AUGGAGGAGGCUAACAACACAAGCAAGCAGGGCGAAGAAGCCGACCACACGGAGUACUUUGUACACAAGGUCCCAGGACUGUACAUUGCCAUUGAUCCCAAGAACGACAACGGUCAAACGUCGGUAGUCAGAUACGGCGAAAAUGACAGCCACAUCUACCCGGUAUGGGACUCUACAUGGGACCGGACGCCAGACACUGCUCGCAUGCCGAAAGAUCAGGCCCUUUUGAUCACCGAUGGUCCCCACAACGUCAUUGCUAUACCCGCACAGCUAGAGCAGACGGUUGCGGUGCAUCAUACCCCACCUGGGGGCCAACAGACCACUAUUUACAUACAUCCUACCGACAGUGUUGAUCAACACAUUCCAAGUUAUAUGAGGAUGCUGAGUGCCCCGGACGAGUCCGAGGAGGAGCUUGCCAAACCGAUCCCACCUUUUGUCCCUGAAUCAGGAGAGGACGAUGUACGCAGGAAGAAGCUCGGUAUGAUGGUGGAGUCUGCUUCAGAGUAUCAGGGAGGUGAUGACCAGGAGAAGAGACUCCCAUUCAUCGACUCAUCAGGUGUUACCGAUGCAUCUGGUAUUGGUCCCGGAGACUCCAGCGACGUACCAUUCCCAUACGUCCACGAGCACCAUUCAUCUAACGCGAAGCUGACAUUCGGUCCUCAAAGCACCUUACGAGUGAUCCGCGACAAAAAGGGAUACGUCGACCUUAUCCUCCACCUCAGGGAACAGGACGGCGACGCACCUCCCCAUGUCGAAUACUACCGUUUCAAGCACGACUACACGCUGCGUUUCAAUGACUACGGUGCAACGCAGCAGAAAAAACGACCGAAGACCACAGAUAGCAACACCGCUACCACAGAAGGGAAGAAGAUGAAGAGCAAGGCGAACGAGGAAACCACUGAAGGUGACACGAGUAAGAAGAAAUCCGGUGCGCCUCAGAGCGCGGAGGUUCUGUGGUAUAAGGAGUUUCACGUCUACUUCCCACCCGACCGCUGGAACACCGGAUAUCACCACGAUACCUGGACGCAUGACUACAAAGAAGGUUACGGUACAUACGAUGAAGAGCAAGCAAAACACAAUGUGGUGGCAUUCCCGGAGUUCAUGGAUGAGCUGGAGGCACGUUUCCGGGACGAGAAUGUCGAAGAACAAGAUGAAAAAGCGGGAAAGAGCAAGAGGAAAGGAAGGAAGAAAGAAAAGGCCGCAGCGAAACCUGAACUGGAAGAUGAAGAGGGAGGGAGAGUGCAGAUUUUCAGGCGCAGGAAGGAAGGAGAGGUGCUUGUUCCUGAUAUCAGUGGGAGAGUCUCAGGGGAGGAGCAAGAGCGGAUUAUGCGGGAGAGAGCGGAUGAGAAGGCGGAUGGAGACGAAGAUGGGGUUGCGGAAGAGGGGGUUGGGCAGGUCGUAGGGAAGGGGAAAGAUAAGGGUGUAGAGGAGGUGGAGGAUCAGAUGGAAACGGAAGUGGCCUUGGACUAG